AGUUUCAUGUACCUUCCUGGAGGCUCUAUAAGCGCUCCUGUAACCCCACCUUUAAGCUCCCCAACAGCUCGUGGAAUGAACCAAAUCAACAACUCUUUCUUUGUAUCCUCAACACCGCCUAGUCCCACUAGGCAGCAGACCGUCCCUGACUCUGAGUGGUUCGCUGGGAUUCAACUCGCGCUAAGCGUUCCUGCUUCACCAACGUUUAGUCUCGUCUCACGAAACCCUUUUGGGUUUAGAGAAGAUCAACUGGCGUCUGCUGGUGGAGGUGGUGGGUCGAGAAUGUGGACGCCAGGUCAAAGCGGGACUUGCUCGCUGGCAAUUACUCAGACAGAAGAUGUUCCAAUGUCUGAAGCUGUGGCUCCUCCUCCAGAGUUUGCGUUUGGGAGUAACGCAAACGGGAGCGAAAGCAUGGGAAGGAGAGAGAGGAUACAUGAAGAGAGUGGUUCUGAUGAUCUCGAGCUCACUCUUGGAAACUCAAGCACUAGGUGUAAUUGAAAAACCGGUUCCAAUCAAACCAUUUUUCAAUAUGUCGCUUCAAUUUUAUUUUCCCAUGUAAGGCCUCAAAGUGAAAUAUUCGUUUAUUUGUAACCAUGCUAACCAACCUAAAACCCCGGUUUGGUAUGGUUCUAAUCAGAUUACGUUCUUUACAUUUUCGGGUUUAUGGUAAUAGUUACACACUCUCAGAGACAACGAAUCAAAUUACAUUAUUGUUUCAAAUUUAUUAUCAUUAGUCAACAAUGACCGCUUCAACACGACAAAAUAGGGUUCUUGCAGGUGACAGAGGAGCCUCUGUUUAUAACGGCUACAGAUUUCAUUUUCCGACAUAUAUUGACUUGCUUUUCUUUUGCUUGAUCCUCUUUAGAGGAGCAUUAAACCUACCUCUUAACUUGGUUUUUAAGAGGUGGAUCCCACCAUUAUCUUUAAACCUGGUUCUUUCUCCUUUUCUGCAAGAAGAGACUUUAGUUGGG